AUGUGGAUCAACUGCGGGAAACUAUCCGACUUCACGCAGGCGCGAUACGUGGUCCGCCUAACUACAGGCAAGAAACUGGUCUUAUUCCGGUUACCGACGAUCGACAAAUCAAGCUUGAAAUCCAACGAGACCAAUGACGGUUGGUCGUACUACGCCAUGGAGGCAGAAUGCCCGCAUGCCGGCGGCCCAAUGGCCGACUCCUCGGUUGACAUCGAGGACUCGGCGUAUGUCGUGUCGUGUCCGUGGCACGCAUACGAUUUCAAUGUAGAGACUGGCGAAUCGAGCGUCGGUAUCAAGGCCUGCACGUUCCCUGUGGAUGUGCGUGGCGAGUUUGUCGCGCUGGAUUUCCCCGUCGAGGAUGGGGGCAGCGUCGGGCUUGCUAGCGUUGACCCUGUUAGUGAGAAAGUUAAGCUCAAGCACCCGCGGCCUGCGGAGAAGGCUGCUGCUACUUCUAGUACUGCUGUUUCUGCUUCUGCUUCUGCGAAUCGAGAGGAUCCCGGCAUCGCGACUUAUCUCGGCGACGACGCGACGUUGUGUGACUGGGCCGCCCACGUUCUCAACACCGCUAAUCCAGAGCACAAGAUCGAGCUGGCUACACAUCUUUUCUCUAUUUUCACUGCUAGAGAGGCUUCGGAUUCACCUAUGCCGCUUGGCAGGGGCACUGUCGCUCCGCCUGACCAGCCACCUCGCGAGAAAAUGGAAACUGUUGACCCGGGCCACAUGCCGAAGGCCGGACGAGGCGGGACCUUGAAGAGCCGCAUUGCUAUGCUCCAUGCGCUGGCCAAUAUCGAACUGUGGGCUAUCGAUCUGGCUAUUGAUAUCUGUAUCCGCUUUGCGACGUUCCAAACAGAAGGGACGUCUCAGGAACUUCCACGCGCAUUCUUUUACGACUGGCUGAAGGUCGCGAACGACGAGGCUAAGCACUUCUCCCUCCUCCGCACUAGACUCGAGGAGAUGGGUUCUAGCUUUGGUUCGCUCCCGGUACACCACAGUCUGUGGCUAUCGGCAACUGAAACUGCGUACGACCUCCGAGCGAGAAUCAGUAUUAUCGCCCUGGUGCACGAGGCACGAGGCUUGGAUGUCAACCCCAUGACAAUCGAGAAGUUCCGCAAAGCUGGUGAUGGUGAGAGCGUGGCGACCCUGGAGAUUAUUCACAACGAUGAAAUCACACAUGUCACCACUGGUCAUCGGUGGUUGACGUGGAUCUGUGCCCAGGAAGGGACUGAUCCUGUCCAUAUCUUCCGUUCGAAUGUACAGAAGCAUUUCAAGGGUCCGAUCCGCGGGCCUUUUAACGAAGAAGCGCGCUUACAGGCUGGAAUGGACAAGCGCUAUUACGAAAACUCGAGUGUUCCCAGUGCGGGAAUUGCAGCUUCAUGA